AUGGAAACCGCCGCGAGUGCCAUCGCUUUCGCCGAUGCCGCCUUCAAAAUUACGAAGCUCAUAAUCGAGAUCAACCAACUAUGGGGUGAAGCCAAGACCCUCCCAGAAGAUCUCCAAGAGAUGGUAGAUGAGCUGGAUGGCCUCGCUCUUGAUUUUGAGGACCUAAAAGAGCAACUUGACCAUGACCAAGCAUUCCGUCCCGGCCUCAGACAAUCCUCUAUAAACCGCUGCUACACUGCCGCGAGGAAGGCUCAGAACAAUCUGUACACCCUUGUCAAAGAAAUGCAGAGCGAGAUAUACUCGAAGAGGGAGGGUUUCCAACGUACGAUGAGCGGUUUUAAGCUUCUCUUGAAGAAAGGCAAACUUGAUAAGUGCCGGAAGAAGCUUAAGCACACCAUUGAGUUACUUCAUAAUGCUAUAAGUAUCCGUCAUAUGUAA